UAUUAUUAAUUUUGCACUUCGGCUGAGCUUAGCCCUCCCGGAAUCGAGCACGCGCAGUGCACGCAAGGCAGGAGGAAAGGGACCCCACCGCCUCUACCUCCGCUUCUACCUCGGGGCGGGGCCGGGCACAGCCCCCCAGGCUGGGAACACGUGGGUGUCGUUCGUUCCUCCGCCCCUCUCCUCAACCCUGCCUCCAGCCCCGCCCCGCCCCCUCGUGCACGUGCAGCGCCACGAGCUCCACGGCUCCGCCUCCACCUUCCAUUGGCUACUCCUGAUUCUUUCGCUCCCCCCACCCGCGUUCCUGAGGACAGCUGCGGCUCCACGUGACCCAACCGGGCGUCUCUCCGCACGGCGGGCUCGCUGAUUGGCUCUCGGCCAGAGCGCCGACUCUUCCCCCUCCGCCCCGCCCGAGCGGCUCGCCUGUCGCGGCGGGGCGAGAGGGUUAGGAGGGCGGAGGUUUAGACAAGGGAGUGGGUGAGGAGAGGAGAGCGCGGGAGGGGAGGGACCCGAGGAACUGAGAAAGCAACAGCUGGCGACACCCGCGUCUGCGGGACCCAAUCAGGAUUCGGAGGCGGGACCUCCGGAGGCACCGCUCACCCGGCCUCGCACGUGCCUUGCGGCCCCCCCGGCCGCCACGCCAAUCGGAGCGCCCAGCGGCUUUCGCUCCUCCCUCCGGGGGCGGGCCCAUCACGAGGCCGGGCCGCGGGCCUGGGGGGUUCGCCUUCUGAAUAAUGAAUUUGCCCGAGCGCUCGGGGAGCCGGGGGAGGGGAGAGGGGCUGUCUGCGUCUGCGCAGUGGAGCCUCACGGCAGCAGCGGCGACUUCUCACGGCGUUCUCGGCCAGGAGCUGCAGCCGAGCUCGGCGCGGGCUACCAUGUCCGACAGCAGCGGGCCCGAGAAGAAGCCUCCGCUGGAGGCCGAGGCGGGGUCGGGGAGGGAGGCGGCGGCAGAGCGGGGCCCACCGGGUUCCUUCCCCCUGGUGCUGAAGAAGCUGAUGGAGAACCCGCCGCGCGAGGCGAGGCUCGAUAAAGAGAAAGAAAAGGAGAAACUCGAUGAAGAUGAAGCGGCCGCUGCUAGCACCAUGGCUGUGUCUGCCUCCCUCAUGCCCCCAAUCUGGGACAAAACCAUCCCAUACGAUGGUGAAUCCUUCCACCUUGAGUACAUGGACCUGGAUGAGUUUCUGCUGGAGAAUGGGAUCCCAGCCAGCCCUACUCACCUGAUCCAGAACGCACUGCUGCCUGUGACUGAGCUGGAGGGGAAGGAGUCAGCUAGCUCUUCCACAGCUUCCCCAUCGUCGUCAUCUACCAUGGUCUUUCAGCCCUCAGAGACCGCCUCCAGCACAGAAUCUUCUGUGGAAAAUGAAAGGGAGACCCCCAGCCCCAUUGACCCCAACUGUGUGGAGGUUGAUGUGAACUUUAACCCUGACCCUGCAGACCUGGUCCUCUCCAGCGUGCCAGGGGGGGAACUCUUCAACCCUCGAAAGCACAAGUUUGCCGAAGAGGACCUGAAACCACAGCCAAUGAUCAAAAAGGCCAAGAAGGUCUUUGUCCCUGAUGAGCAGAAGGAUGAAAAAUACUGGACGCGCCGGAAGAAGAACAACGUGGCCGCAAAGCGUUCCCGGGACGCCCGCAGGCUGAAGGAGAACCAGAUCACCAUCCGCGCUGCUUUCCUGGAGAAGGAGAACACGGCGCUCAGAACCGAGGUCGCGGAGCUGCGCAAGGAAGUGGGCAAAUGCAAGAGCAUCGUCUCCAAGUAUGAGACGAAAUACGGACCCUUGUAAGCACCACCCCUUCCGUGUUAGACAUCUCUGCCGAGCGAGUGUGUGGGGAGGCUUUGGGGCUCGCCACAGCUAGCAGGAAGUCCGCUGCUCCCAGCCUGGCUUGGGCCAGGGCUCUUCUGCCCACGGGGGUCCUGGAGAGUGCAUCUGGAGGACUUGGGAACCCCUGACUCUGGGGGGCAGGACUCCUCGCUGGUGAGGAGUGAAGGGACUCUCUUGACAUGGGUGACGGGGGUGCAACUUUCUGCCCUUGGACAUCCCACUCGGAUUGGAAAGGGGACCCUCUGGAGUGUACAGCCUCCUUUCACUGAGUGCUCACUCUCUCUUUGACUUUCCUUCCAUUUUAGAUCUGGGCUAACAAAGCUGCCUCUCUGUGGCAUCUCAGAAUGGUCCCUGGUUUUUCCUGCCCUCACAUCCCAUCAGGUAGCGGGGUGUGUAGCCAGGUAGGAUGUCUCUCUUGUCCAGCUCCACCCAGGAAAAGGGGAAGGACUUUGUGCAGGAGGAGAGGCUACUUUUCCUUCCUCCUUGGAGGGGGACAAUCCGUCAGCACGCAUAGCUCAGCCUGGCGUCGGGGCCUGUGAGUGUGUCCUUUGGGCCUGUGGUAGAACCAGAACCGAGCACGGUCGUAGGGGAAGAUGGGGAAGCUGAGACAGUCGGGCUUAGGAAUCACCACCGACUUAGAUGUUACCGCCAAUCAUCGUUGCCGUGGCCAGUGGAGCCGGAGAGCCUGCGACUGUCAGAGCGAGGUGUCUGCCGCCCAAGACUGCACGCACCGGUCCGGCGCGCCUGCUGUGACCAAUUGCAGAGGUUUCAGAGACUGGGGAGGAAGGAAUUUUCUUUCUAGGUGGUGCGGAGGUUGGGGCUUGUCCAAAACACCGAGCCUCUCCCUUGGAAGCAAGCCGGGGUUAGCGGUCUAGGGACGCUGGUUGGACGGAGCGUGUGUGGUCCUUGUCUCGUGAUCAGUGAGGGGGCCUUGCCCUCUCUGCCAGGAGCUGUGGACGCGGGUUCUCGGCACGAUCUCCUCUGGCGGCCGUCUUCUUGGCCAGCCGUGGGAAAAGUGCGAGGGGAGGGACCCAGGCUGCUCGAGAUGGACAGACUGGGAGAGAAGAGAAGCUCGCAGGUCAGAAGGCUGGGGGCAGUUUUGUAAGUCACCAAGACCCUUCUGUCCCAAGGUGGCCUAGCCUUCCGCCCCCUCGUCUUCGGGCUGCCGUGGGCGUGAAGGCAAAGCCGUCUGUCUCCUUGGCUUUUGUAGCCGGUGCUCGCCCUUUUGAGUAGCUUGUACCCGUGAGACCCUUCAGAGACCCUUGGACACGUGGGAAGGCCAUUCUCUCAGAUGGGAAGAAGGAAGGAAAGGUGCAUGUAUUGGAAGAAAACCGAGACGACGGACACAGUUGUCACCCUUAACCCUUUGCUUUAUUGAAAGUGACCUGUCAGAUUCCAGGGAACGUCACUCUAAAAACUUUUACCAAACCCGAUGGCAAAACCACGGGUGAGACUGUGGGCGCUGGCCUUGCCCCAUGGGGUGACGGUGACCCACUCGCCUGCGUCCCCUAGGGGAACCCGGGCUGGAGGGCGUCUGACCUGGGUGGGCAGCCCGUCUGGGGAUUCCCUCCCGGCCAGCCUCGCACCCCGGCGCAGGAAGUGGAAGCAUGGGGAUGCCGUUAGCGUCCUGUGUCUUACUUUGACCAGUUACGGUAUGGUUUAUACAUAGGUACGUAGAUAGAUGUGUAUGUGUGUGUACAUAUAUGUGUAUGUAUAUAUAUGUAUAUAUCCUUGUUUUUAAAGAGUAAGCCCUGCUGACCAUUUUUUCCAGGCUCUGGAUCCGGUCGCCAUUUUAUGUUCUGAUCCAGGUCGGGGGAACAGUGUUACAGACAUGUUCUCAGGCCUCUCUCCCUCGCUCUGUACCACCCUCCUCGGGCAGCGAGUGACCGACCCCCAGGGCUUUCUUGAGGGGUCUGCUGUGCCAAAUGAAAGUGCUCUGGUACCAGCCAGCGGGGGUGGGAGGCGCGAGCAGGGAAGGGUUGGGCGGCGUCUGGCGCUCGGUGCCCGCUGGGCUAGAGACUGAGAUGCGUGCAGAAGCAGGAGGAGGAGGGGCCGUGCCCUUGCCCUCCUGGAGACAGGAGGCUGCGCCCUUUGUUCUGGGGGCUGGCGGCGCGGACACAGGAAGCACAGAGACUAAUUCUAUCUUCUACGAAGAAUCUCCGAAGAGCCGGGGAGCCAGGCUGGGCACGCUCCCGCUUGUUUCCCAGCAUCCUCCUUUCAGCUGCUCUUUUCUGGAGACUGAUCGUGGCUGAGCUUGAGGGUUAGAAGCAUAUACAUAAAAUAAAUGUGUACAGAUCCCUUGAGAUGUCCAGCCCCGGGCAGUGGCUUGGGGGCUGCAGCCCAGAGAGCCGGCCAGUGGAGAAUGGUCUAGGGGUCCUGUGAGGGGGCUCGGGCCCUCCGGCUGCUCGCUGUGCCACCCCAGCCAUUGUCACGUGGACCACCCUGGGGCACUCCGACGGGGACUUUGCUCAUAUUUCUGCUAAUGUAGCACAAUAAAUUUUCUAGAAAAUGGAAAGAAAAAAAAAGACAAUUUCAAGACAGCUGUUCUUACAGUUUAUGGUGCCAGAAGGCCACGUGAUGUUUAUUUUUCUAUGUGUUGGAGAGUUUGAGGCCGGCAGGGGCUGGGAUGGAAGAGGAUGCUUUGUCUCCGCUCUAGGAGUGGGUCUGGGGGAUGACGGGGGGGGGGGGGGGGUACCUGGCCCUUUUUGGUGGGCAUGCCUCUCUGUAAGAGGUCCUAAGGACGAGGCAGGAAGGGAGCCAGACUUCUCGGCCGAAGAAGGUACCUGCUCAGACCUUCCAGUGCAAUAGUCCAUUGACCUUGUGUGUCCUUGUAUGUGUGUGUUACUGCUUGUUGUGGGGCGAGAGGGAUGGGCUGGGAGACGGGAGGGAAGCAGGCAUGUAACUUUCCCAAAAAACCCAAGGAAUUAAAUAUUUUGAGACAAA